GUGGUUUCAUGACUGUAUCUGUAUCUGGGAUAUUUAUUUAUGAAAUUGUCCUAGAACGUCGUGAACAUGCGAAUUGCGAGUCGAGAUAAAUAACCACUUGUUUUCAUUUUACCGCUCAUAAUAUUGUUAUAUUAUAUACAUGUAUAUAUCUAUUUUGUAGUUUUACUGUUUUUGUACAAUUAUUAAAUAAUUUUUAAUUAAAUGACUCGUCAAACCAAUGAAUAACUCGGCUGCGAGCGUUCCUGAUAUUGUUGCUGAAUGGGACACAGACUCGGACUCUGAGACUAUUAUUUUGAGCGAUUUGCCAUAUAGGAGUUCCAUCAUUAUCAGUGCCGACGUAGACUUUCAAUACCAAGAUCAAAAUAUGAACGGUAACAAUGGCAUCUAUGUUCAGAACGCCACAGAUUCUAGUAACAGUGGCAGUGAAUCUGAGGACGAUGUUGUCAGGGGCACACCAGACAGAUGUCAUGUCUCUAACCCUUGGAAUCAUUCUGCAAGAAAUAGACAUAUAGUUAUAACGUAUACCAAUGUUGAAAAUAAAGAACUUGAAGUGAUACGAGAUUUGGUAGAUAUGUUUAAAUUAAAUGUAAGCAUAUCAUGGACUGAUAGAGUUACACAUUUAAUUUUGAAAACUAAUGCAGAUAAAAGAUGUAUUCGAACUAAAAAGUUUAUGAAUGCGUUAUUAUUAAACUGCUUUAUCAUUAGUUUGGAAUGGGCUAAAGACUGUAUUACCUCAAAGACAUUACUGCCAGAGGUAGAUUAUAUACCACCUGAGUUUUGCGGUGAAUUUUCCCCAUUAGCGUCUUGGCGUGUGGGGCGGGGAAUUAUUAAUUCACCAAUGGAAUGGACUAACACUUGCAUUUUAUAUUUUCAUAGUUCUAUUGAAUUCAAUGAUUCAUAUUCGGACAUAAAAUUAUGGGCUCAAAAAGCUGGUUUUGUUGUGGCCAAUGAUUUGGGAGAUUUCAAUGAUAACUACGAACUGCGAAUUAUAUUGGCUGAUAAAAUUAGUUCAUCCCAUGAUGUUAGAGCUAAUUUACCCAACAAGAGAGAAAUUACAGGUUGGAUAUGUGAUAAUAAAGGUGUAGCAAUAUACUUGGAUUGGUUGCUCGAAUGUUUGUUUCGAUACAGAUUUGUUACAAUUAAUCACCAUUACCAGAUUAUGAAAUUAAAUUCAAACUUGGUAGAAUAUGUCAAUAUGAAUCAGGGUCUGUUUGAAUUUGAAUUUAAUUAAUUUUUUUUUUAUUUUUAAAUUAAAUAUUUGAUUCAUUAAAAUAUGUUUGAAAUUAAUAUGAAUCAUAAUGUUAUUUUCAUGAAACAAAUGUUUUUAUUUUUAUUUAAAGUUAAGUUUCAGUUUAUGUAAUUUAUAUUGUGUUAAAUUUGUGUUACUUCUUGGUUUCAUGCCACGUGAGUAUGUGACUACAGUUAUUUUUUGUAUUUACCUAUUUAAUAUAAUUAGUGCAUAAACGGAAUAGAGUACAAAUGAUAGUGACAAAAUAUGUUAUUGCUUAGAUUUACUAUGAUAAAAAUAGGAUGUUAAGCAAACAAGUUUAAUUUGAAUUUGAUUUAAAAAUAUUAAUCAUAAUAUUAUUUUUCGACUGUUAAUUGAAUACAAAUAUCUCAUGAUUUAUUUUAAUUAAUAAAAUCCAUAUUAAGACACAUGAUAUUUGAUAUUUUAACUAGAAAUAAUACAGAUCUAUGUUUUUUUCUUAACAUAAAUUUUCCAUUGUACAUAAUCAUUUAACUAAAAUUAUUGUUUGGAAAAUUUUAUAUUUCUGUCUUAUUUCUAUGAAAUGCCAUAAAUAAUCAAAUAUUAUACUUAAAGUUGUUUGUCUAAUAUGAAUUUUUUUUCCAAUCAUAUUAUGUAUAAAAAAAUGUUUUAAUAAAAGGCCAAGUCUAAUGGGCUCUAAAUUAUGUUUUUUUAUUACCUUUAUUAUCAACAAUUAAAACAGGUUUGUAAUUUCAACAUUUUGAUGUAAGACAUAAGUAAUGCAUAACAAUUUAAACAAAAUUUAAUAGUAUUAAGGAAAAUUGUAUAGUUCCUGUGAUGAAGUGAAAUUACAUAUUAUUUUUACUGUCGAAAGACAUAACUGUAAAUUAUACUGUAAACAUUAAAAUUAAAAUUAUCAUGUACUUAAAAAAUAAGAAUACUUGUUUAUUUAAUCCAUGGUAUACUUACAGUAGGUACUGAUAUAAUUAUUAAAUAAUGUAUAUGAUCAUAAAUUAAGAUGACUAAAUAUCAAUAAAUAAUUAAAUUUAGAAUUAUCUAAAUUUGUGUAUAAAAUGUACUAUUAAAAUUAAUUUGUCCUGUACAAAACGGAAUGCAAUAAAAUUAAUCACUGUGCUUUGUAUUGCAUUCCGUGAAGAGAAUCCUAUUGAUCUUUUGCCAUGCCUGCUCUCUACUUCAAUGUUCUAUCAAUGUAUAAAUUAUCGUAUUCGAAUUUUAUAAAGUCACAAUAUAGAUUUCUUCAUAAUCACUGAUUCAAUAUAAUAUUCUGUUCCAAAUAAGAUGACUUUUGCGCAAACGAUCGAAUUACGUCUUCGGUUUGCGUCGGAGUAUAUCGUUUACCAUCGUGCGCGUUGCGAUCGCGGUCAUUGGCGUACGGCUCCGUUAGCCACGCCCACCAUGCGCGAACGCAAUUCAUCUUAUUUGGAACAGAAUAUAGGUAGGUAAUCAAUUGAAAAAUUAAUUAUAUUAAUUAUUAACGCCUGCCGAUUGCCUGGAAUCUGUGGCGUAGCCAGGGGAGGGGCUGAGGGGGCUGCAGCCCUCCUCGAAAUCUUAAGAAAAUUAAAAAAUUAUUUUAAUGGUCUAUGAAAAACGCUACAAAAGUCUUAAAUUGUAUUUUACUGAUUUUAAAUUGUCAUAACUUAUUUUAUUUGUUAUAUAUUAAUAAUACUUCGGCAUUUGCAUGUUACAUUUAUGGAAGAACCUAUAUAAACCACUUCUGUGAAAAAAUUAAUAGCCUCCCCCGAAGAAAAAAUCCAGGCUUCGCCACUGCCUGGAAGUCCUUCCAGAAGACUAUCUGACUAAACCCCAGAAGCAUUAUCAGUGCGGAAAAUUUCUCCUCUCAAUAAGUCACCAUGCAAGGUUUAAAAUACUAUACAUAAUAUAUUUGAAAAAUAUAGUUAUUAUACUAAUAUUGUCUAGAUUGUAUGAAAGAAAAAAAACUUACUUACUCAACUGGUUUUGACCUGAAGCUUUUAAUAAUAUUUCAUUAUAUUUUUAAAUUUAUGAAUAAUAUUAUAUAAUAUAUUUUAAUCUCCUCUUCAAAUUACUAUCUCAGAUCAUUCGUCUUAUGUGCAUUGCCAAUUAUACCGACAGCUCUUUCUACCUCUAAGAUUUGAGCCUAGUUUCUCUAAAGCUUUUUAUUAUUGUCAUACUCAUAUCUAAAGGGUUUGUCCUGUACUGUGUAAUAAAAUAAAAUAAAAUAUGUGCCAUAUAAGAAUAGAAAAUUAUCACAAUUUAAUGUACUAAUUUACUAAAUAAUUACAUUUAAUAAUAAUUUUCAUGCUGUACUUAAAUUACAAGUAUAUUUUUUACUCUAUGGUAUAGACUAUUAAUGCAAUAAUAUAGCAUGCACGAUCCUCAUAUGAAUGACUGUCAUAAAAUAAUAAAAAAUAUAUGUACAUACUAAUACCUUAUUCUUUAAAUUAUAUUUAUUGAUUUAUAUGUAACAUUCCUAUACUAUUUUUUUAACCUUAUUAUUAAAUUAGCAGACUAAAUGAUUUACUAUAAUAUUUACCUCCUUUAAGCAAGUUGUGGUGGUGGUAGAGAGUUACAAUUUUUGUACAAUUAGAUUAAAAUAACCAUCAGAAAAUAUAACUAUGAAUGCAUAUGAAUAGAAUUUUUAAUUAAAUAAUAUAAUACAUUUAACAUUAUAAUUACAUACCUAUACUAUACAAUAUAAUAUACAAACAAUCUAAUCUAAUAAUGCGUGUAACCAAAUAUAAAAUUUAUAAAAUAUUAUACGGUUGAAUAUGUGUUUUUUAUCUGGUAUUAUAUUUAUAUAAUAUAAUAUGUAUAGGUAUUUAUUAUUUAGGUAUAUUGAUGAGCUUAUAUUGCCUAUCUAAUAUGCCGUCUUAUUAAAUCUACAGUGUGAAUAUUUUGUGAAAUAAAAAAUGACUUUAAAUAAAAAUUUACUCUAAAAUACAUUGACCCUAAAAUACACAUAGUAUCAUUUUAAAUAUAAUUUUGACAUAAUAAAUAAUUCUCUUAAAAAUCAUAUGUGUUAUAAUAUACUUAUGGAUUCAGAUUUAAAAUGGAAAGUUAAAAAAUAGGUACUGUGUACGUUAGUUAGAAAAAAGUGUUUUGUUGAAUAACCGAGGAAUUAUUUUUGCGGAUUAGAGAACUUUCAUUUUUAAAAUCAAAGACUAACCACAGAGUAGUGUAGAUAAAAAAAUAAUAAAAUAUGAAAACACAUUUUUACUUCAUUAUUUAAUAAAUAUGUAUAUACUAUAUUAUAUAUUAUACAUCGAGUAUAAUAUGAUAAUAAGUUGUAAUAAAAACUGUUAUGAUAAUAAUAAUUACAAUCGAACAAAAUAUAUUAUACAUAAGUAAAACGGAAUAAAAAUAAGCCAACAUUUCAUAAAUUCAUAAAUAAAACAUAAUAUUUUAAUAAAAAUUACAAAGUCGUUGGACCUAUAACUAAUGCUUAAAAUAUUAUUUUAUUUAUUAUUUUAUAACAAUAUAAUAUGAAAAAAAAAUUAAUACAAAUUCGUAUAUGGUAUGCACUUAUAAAAAUUAAAUAUUAAACUGAUACUUAUUUAUUAAA